AUGGGAAAACCGACGGGGAAGAAGAAGAAUUCCGAUACUCCGUCGGAUUCUUCCGGCAGCGGAGGUAACAAGACCGGAAAAAGCUACGAUCGCUCUUCCUCCAAGGCGAUGUUCGACGAGGACAUGGAGAUCUUCAUCAAUCGAGCAACAGAGCUCAAAGAAGAAGGAAACAAGCUAUUCCAGAAACGCGACCACGAAGGCGCGAUGCUAAGGUACGACAAAGCCGUCAAGCUUUUACCCAGAGAUCACGGAGAUGUAGCUUACCUGAGAACGAGUAUGGCUUCCUGUUACAUGCAAAUGGGAUUAGGAGAGUACCCGAACGCGAUCAACGAAUGCAAUUUGGCUCUCGAGGCUUCUCCUCGAUACAGCAAAGCUCUGUUGAAACGAGCUCGAUGUUACGAGGCGUUGAACAAACUGGAUUUCGCGUUUAGGGAUUCGCGGAUCGUGUUGAAUAUGGAGCCGGAGAAUGUCUCCGCCAACGAGAUUUUCGAGAGGGUGAAGAAGGUUUUGGUGGAGAAAGGCGUCGAUGUGGUUGAGAUGGAGAGUAAUUUCGCUAAUGUGCAGCCUGUUGGAGCGGCGCGGUUGAGGAGGAUUGUUAAAGAGAGGCUGAGGAAGAAGAAGAAGAAGAUGACGACGACGACGAAUGCUGAGAGUAAUGAAGCCGUUGUUGUUGAGAAUCCGAAGGUUGAGAGUGGCGAGGAAGCAGAUAGCGGCGGGAAGGAUAAGGUUGUGGUGGAGGAGAAGAAAGUGAGUCCUGUUAUGGACAAAGAGGUCAUUGCUUCGGAGAAAGAUUUAACGGUGACGAGGACGGUGAAGCUGGUUCACGGAGAUGAUAUCCGGUGGGCGCAAUUGCCGCUGGAUUCGAGUGUUAGACUUGUGAGAGAUGUGAUCAGAGAUCGGUUUCCGGCGUUGAGAGGCUUCUUGAUCAAAUACAGAGACUCAGAGAGUGAUUUGGUGACGAUUACCACGACGGAUGAGCUAAAGCUCGCUGCUGCGUCAACGAGGGAGAUGCUCGGGUCUCUUAGAUUGUAUAUAGCUGAAGUCAGCCCCAAUCAAGAACCAACUUAUGAUGGGAUGAUGAACAACGAGGAAGAAUCGACGGAGAAGCUUGCCAAGGAAUCGAGUAGUGUUGCUGAUAAUGGAAGUGUGGAAUCAGCUGAGAAACCAUCUACUGGACUUGAGCACUGGAUUUUCCAGUUUGCGCAGCUGUUCAAGAACCAUGUAGGUUUUGAUUCUGAUUCUUACUUGGAGCUUCAUAACCUUGGGAUGAAGCUGUACACAGAGGCAAUGGAGGAAAUCGUCACUGGGGAAGAUGCGCAAGAGCUGUUUGAUAUAGCUGCUGAUAAGUUCCAAGAAAUGGCUGCGCUUGCUCUGUUUAACUGGGGGAAUGUUCAUAUGUCAAAGGCAAGAAGGCAGAUUUAUUUCUCCGAAGAUGGUUCGAGAGAAGCUGUACUAGAGAAGGUUGAGGCUGGAUUCGAAUGGGCGAAGAACGAGUACAACAAAGCUGCAGAGAAGUACGAAGAAGCGGUGAAGAUCAAAUCAGAUUUCUACGAAGCUCUGUUAGCACUCGGGCAGCAACAGUUUGAGCAGGCUAAGCUUUGUUGGUACCAUGCGCUCAGCGGCGAGAUUGAUGUGGAGAGCGAGGCUUCACAGGAUGUUUUGAAGCUGUACAACAAGGCUGAAGAGAGUAUGGAGAAAGGUAUGCAGAUUUGGGAAGAGAUGGAGGAACGUCGUUUGAACGGGAUCUCGAGUUUUGAUAAGUAUAAAGAGCUGUUGCAGAAGUUGGGAUUGGAAGGAGUGUUUAGUGAAGCGUCUGAUGAAGAGAACGCUGAGCAGACGGCGAAUAUGAGCUCUCAGAUUAAUCUUUUGUGGGGUUCUUUGUUGUAUGAACGGUCUAUUGUUGAGUAUAAGCUUGGUUUACCGACUUGGGAUGAGUGUUUGGAGGUUGCGGUGGAGAAGUUUGAAUUGGCUGGAGCGUCUGCAACUGAUGUAGCUGUUAUGAUGAAGAACCAUUGCUCGAACGAGAAUGCGCUUGAAGGUAUGGGAUUUAAGAUCGAUGAGAUAGUACAGGCGUGGAAUGAGAUGUAUGAUGCUAAAAGAUGGCAGAUCGGUGUACCGUCUUUCCGGUUAGAGCCUUUGUUCCGGAGACGGUCACCGAAACUUCAUGAUAUUUUAGAGAAUGUGUUUUCAGGACCUCAGUGA